ACCUAACCUGUGUGAUCUGCUUGGACAGCCCCACCCACCUUCACGCACCCAAAUGAGGAGGAAGGCUGUUGGGGUACCUGGUGGUGGUGAUGCUGUCGGGGGAGGAGCCCUGAGGGAAGCUCAGAUUUGAAUGUCAGGGGCCCUGCACUGUCAGACAGAGGCAGCAAAGCAGCCUGGCUUGAGGCAACAUUUCCUUGGCCUAAGACUUUCACAGCCCAGAAGCAACCCUGGAUCCCGAAAUAAACAGCCUUUUGAUGAAGCAGAAGAAGUUUCUUUAUCACUUCAAGAAUGUCCGCUGGGCUAAGGGCCGGCACGAGACCUACCUGUGCUACGUGGUCAAGCGGCGGGACAGUGCCACCUCCUUCUCACUGGACUUCGGCUACCUGCGCAACACGAACGGCUGCCACGUGGAAUUGCUCUUCCUCCGCUACAUCUCCGACUGGGACCUGGACCCCGGCCGCUGCUACCGCGUCACCUGGUUCACCUCCUGGAGCCCGUGCUACGACUGUGCCCGGCACGUGGCUGACUUCCUGAGAGGCAACCCCAACCUCACUCUGAGGAUCUUCACCGCGCGCCUCUACUUCUGCGAGGACCGCAAGGCCGAGCCCGAGGGGCUGCGGCGGCUGCACCAAGCGGGUGUCCAGCUCGGCAUCAUGACCUUCAAAGAUUAUUUUUACUGCUGGAAUACUUUCGUGGAGAACCGUGAGAGAACGUUCAAGGCCUGGGAAGGCCUGCAUGAAAAUUCUGUCCGCCUGUCCAGACAGCUCCGGCGCAUCCUUCUGCCCCUUUAUGAGGUCGAUGACCUACGAGAUGCGUUUCGUACUUUGGGACUUUGAUCACAACUUCCAGGAACGCCACAUACAAUGAAACCUCUCUUCUGAAGAUGAUGGCUAAAAGAAAAAUCUUUCAAGUCUUCUCUGUUUUUCUACUUCAGCUCUCACCUUCUUAGAGCUUAGGAAAAAGACAUUUCUAUAUGACUCUAAACAUACCUAUUCUUGAAAAUAGAGAAGGAACACAAGCCUACUAGGGUAAUGCUACACCUGUUGCUGUUUGGAAUGCAACAUCUUCCCUUACUGGGAACAACAGAAUAACAGAAGCUGGGAGCAUCCUAAGGGGUCAAUGUCCUUUGAUUUUUAGGUGAGAUGAAAGCAGAAAGUAGAUCCUAACAAGUGUGGUGAGAGGACUACAUGUGUUUAUUUCAAAAUCCUUUGCUGUAUGAUUCACGGGAGCUGUCAGUGGUAUUAGUGAUGUAUUUUUCUACCCUUCCUCCGGGGUUCACUUUCAAGUAACACAAACUUUUCCAUCAGGCUGUGAUUAGGGAACCUCCUAAUAAGAGAAGCUGGGUGACUCAACUCCAGACCACGUCUCCCAAGGAUUAAUAUCCAAGCGUGUGCUAUGUGUCUAAAUAGUCUGCUGCAUGCUUUCACGUUUGGAGGUUAGAGGAUUUGGAGUGGGAGGAGGUGCAUACAACAUGUGGUCACUUAAGGUUAUAGUAAUAAAGCAUCUUUAAAAAUACAUCUGGGGGCCGGCGCCAUGGCUCACUAGGCUAAUCCUCCGCCUUGUGGCAACGGAACACCAGGUUCUAGUCCUGGUCAGGGUGCUGGAUUCUGUCUUGGUUGCCCCUCUUCCAGGCCAGCUCUCUGCUGUGGCCAGGGAGUGCAGUGGAGGAUGGCCCAAGUCCUUGGGCCCUGCACCCCACGGGAGACCAGGAUAAGUACCUGGCUCCUGCCAUCGGAUCAGUGCGGUGUGCCGGCCGCGGUGGCCAUUGGAGGGUGAACUAAUGGCAAAAGGAAGACCUUUCUCUCUGUCUCUCUCUCUCACUGUCCACUCUGCCUGUCAAAAAAUAAAAAAAUAAAAAAAUAAAUAAAAAAUAAAAAAAAAUACAUCUGAGGACUGUGAAGAAGGCACUCUAAUGUGGCCUUUAUGCCUCGUACCAAAUCCUCUGGAAACACAGACUUUUAAAAGAAGUCCGUAAUUUAGAAACACCCAUAAACUUCACACAUACUACUUAAUGAACACUUGGGAGGGAGUUACUUGAAUAUUGACAAGAGGAAAGUCUAUUAUCUCUGGCGGGUUUUUUAACCUUAGCAAUUCCAACCAGCUCAAGGUUUUCUUCCACUUGUAUAGGUAUGAUCCUUCUCCUGAAUAUAUAGCUGUGAGAGAGUGUAACGAAAGAGAAUCACAUUUAGGAGGGAAGGAUGAGAGAGCACCACAAGGAAAUCAUACUUUAACCAGGAAAGUGUAGGCAGCCAACACGGAUGGGCUUCAUAUUUGUCCCUAACAACUAUGCUUGCUGGUGAGAAAAAUAUUCAAGAUGAUCAUAUCCCUGAGCAGUUGUUACCUAGCAACUUUGCAGUGCAGAUACACACACACACACCCUGAAAAUUUGUAUACUAAUUGUAUUAUUUUUAUCUUACUGUAUAUAAAUUUGUGAAAGUUAACUAUUAUAAAUUGUUACUUCAUGUAUUACUAUUCAUGUUCUUACUUUGUAUUAUGCUAUAUCGUGUCUCAU